CAUACCCAUUUAAAAAGAUCUCCGAGAAUUUUAAAUAACAUAUAAAAACUUCUAUGGUAACUUUUGAGUAGUAAUAAAGACUUGUAAAAGAAAACCAACCUUACCUAUGCCUUGAUUAGAUUCACGUACAUAUCCGCUGACAGAGUGGCCCCAACUUUAUUCUAUUUUUAUUUGUCACCCCGGUCAUCUUUUGUUCUCCAGCCAAGGCUAUAAAACUCCGAUUGUUCUAAGACGGUCAACAGUUUCCUACCGCACUCGCUCAUCGCACCACCAAAUAAGUGCAUCAUGGUCAUAAUCAACAAAUGUUUACUUUUCGUAUUCCCAUUGGUUCUUGGACUGAACCGAAGUGUCAAUCCGGGAAACCACAAUGUUUUCCCGACAAAAGCUGAUCUGCCUUUGUACUUGAGGGCCUUGGAGAGAAUAGUUCAAAGUGCUGGAACACCACAGAACAAGAUUGACGGAAAUUUUGGACUUGGACUGUUCCUUGUUAAUGUGAAUUUGAAAAAUGUGAUGAUCAGAAAGAAUUCAAGCAUACCGAUUGCAUUGAAGGUGCAAAUACAAAGGAUUUUGAACAAGAACAAAGUUUUACUGAGCUACUUUAAGUACAUGAGGACCAACAAGUACGAUAACUAUGAGUUUACUUAUUUAUUCAUAGAUGAGGACAUUUGGGCGGAGAGACUACAGAAAUUCAACAAGGUGUCUGAUGCUCAUCUGCAUGGAUUUACUGAGGAGUACCUGAUCGAGGAAUACUCCAACUGGACCUGGUACGAAAAGAGGAUACUGGACUUUGAUAACAGCGUACCGAACCCGGAGCAGUCAGAUGCCUGCAUGAGUUUUCUCAGGUGGAAUCCUGCGAAGUCAGGCAUUCACCCUUAUAAGUGUUCUACUCCAAACGAAUGCCUGAGCUUUGUGGAGAAUGGCUCAGACUUUGGGUACUCUCUAGUCCACAGGGUGUUAUUCCUUCUGGUGGCGCGCUACAGCAGAGGCUGCUACGCGUUCUCGCCACAGCUGGAUGCAGCAUUCAUCGACAAGAUGUGCAACAGCAUCUACGAGGAGGCCUCGUACAUAGUGAUGAACAAGUUCAAGUCGCCCGACCUGUUAAUGGAACAGAUGUCCACAUGCUCCCUGGCUGGCCACGCGGAGUUCUUCCAGCGUCCUUGGCUGAGCCGUCUUCUAAAACAACAGACACCGUUCGGCUGCUUCACCACCUACCUGAACACAGUAUACAACCGAGUACAAACUGGACCGUCGGCGGUCGUUUGUAACAGCCAUGUCAGCGGAGUGGCUGCUGCGGCUCUGAGCGGUGUAGUUAGGUUCAUUAUUGAGACACUCUUCUGAGGAAAUAGACGUCUGUCAAAGUUUCUUCAAACAUGGGGGAGCACUAUAGAGAAUGCUCUGACCGUGAACUGAGGAGUAAUAGUCAUGAUAGCGAGUUGAAUAGGGUUGAAAAGACAUAUUUUAAGCACUUUUCAGCUUUGUAUACAGGCGGGUGAACACAAAUUAACUGUGGAAGCCAUUUCAGUGGGGUCGGUGCUGCUGUUCUGAAUGGUGUAAUGCGAUUUUUUAGAUUUCUGAACAAAUGUAACCGAAAGAAAUGUCAUAUACGUAGAAAAAGUGACCAAGGCUUUUCUUCGUAUAAGUAUAACAGUUAGUGGUAGUGUUUCUAAGUACUUUAACACAGAUUAAAAUAUUUACUAAAAUAACUUAAUGUGUUCUAGUAGUACAGAAAUGUAUAUCUUUCUUCAACAUUGGAAAAUCUCUAACCGUUAAGGCAAGGAGAAAUAGUUAAGUACCUCCUUUAGCGAGCUGCUGUCGCGGCAUCCAUCAAGUUCUUGCUUUCACGUCUGUCCACGUUGUACCUAUAUAAAGUGAGUCCAUUGACCACAAAGUGAGGUCUUGUCACAUCCACGUCAAGAUCUUGUUCUAACUGGAAGACACAAAUGCGAUUCGGUUUAGAAGUAGGUAACUGACAUACGAAAUUGUUAAUAUCGAGUGUUUUUUGUUUUGUAGUAGGACAAACAGACGAUGUACCUUUUUAAGUAUAAACUAAGUAAUUUAAGUUUUUUUUUUACUUCUAAAAUGUUACCAAAGAUAAAAUAAAAUGCCAAAAGUGGCACCACAUAUUGUCCCCACAGUUUCGACAACUGAUAGAUAGAUGGCGCUGUAUAACCAUAUACAUUAUGCGCUAAUUAGAUUGCCAAAAUUCAAAUUUCGCUCAAUUAAAAUCAAGCUUAGUUGUUAGAAAUGUGGCAACAAUAUAAUUUAUAUAUUCAAGGACUUUAAUUAGGGUUCACGCUAAUUUGGUUGGCAAUACUGCCGAUUUGAAAUAUCCAUUGUAAAGUUAACUCUAAAUGGCUCAACAAUUAAAGUCCGUGACUGUACAAUCACCAUCAGAUAUAUCGGAGCGGCCAAUGUGGUCACAAAUAUCUGAACACGUCUCUAUUGCCAAGGCAUUAGAGUACGUGUUCAGAUAUUUGUGACCACUUUGGCCGCUCCGAUAUAUCUGAUGGCGACUGUACCUACAUAACAAUAUGUGUCGGUUCCUAGUAAUUAAGAAUAAUUAUUUAGGAUGCUAAUCACCAAAAAUUAAAUACUUAGGUAGAGCAGAAAUAGCAUAGGAUCACGCCAAUAUUAACUGCACACUCUAAUAGUUUUAUAAAAAAAAAGAUAAUAGUUACCAUUAGCUGUAGGGCAUGACCUGGGCUAUAACCGCGAAAAUCGAAGUUCGUCAACUGCGGGCAUUUUUCUCUGUCACUCUAAUUACGUCUUAGUGAGAGUAAAAGAGAAACCGCAACUUGCGAAUUUUGGUUUUCGCGGUAGGCCGCCAGCACAGUAGCAAACCCUGAUGUGUCAAUGUCAAGUGAUUAUUUACGUUUUAUGCCACAAUGUGGCAUAUGUUUUAAAACUCAAGGGAGCGUGAAGUGUAUUAGGAGUAUCACUUAAUAAGUAAUUAAUUCGGGUUAAGGCCACAAGGUGGCAGCACUUAUCUGGUCCAGCAAAUCUCGCAUGACCUAUAGCGUCUGUAACGGGGCCAAAUUGCUGCAGUUUUUGGCUCUUUUGGACCAAGUGACAGAUGAAAUAGGGCAAUUUAGAUAAGUAGUUUUAUUUAUCAGUUACCUUUAUUACUUAAGUUCGGUUUUAAUGUAUAUUAACUGUGAGUAAUUAUUUAUAUAAGUAAGCACGGAAUUAAGUCUAAAAAGUACUUGUUUCGUAAUUAUAAUUCGCUUUUGGACAGAAUGGAUAGGAAACGGAAGCUUUCAUAAAUAGUAGUGUUUGACAUGUCGCCCGAGGCAUGUCAGUUGUAAAUGACUAUUUGUAGCACUGCAAUUAAAAUGUAUUUUAUUUAUAAUAAAGUUGAGAUGCUAAGGA